AUGUUCCCAAACCUACAGAGCUUGUCCGAAGAGGACGAAUAUAAGGAUAACCCGGCACCUUCCGGCCGGCGGCGGUCGUCUGUGGUUCCACCUAGCCUGCAGUUCCUCGUCGAUCAGGACUCUCAGCAAGCUAGUAAUGAGCCCGCUGAGUGGGAAAAGUCAUGGGAUCAAACGACUGAAAACCCGGAGCUUUGUGAUUUCUUGGAUCGAGUCUCCUCUCGAGAUCCAACUGAUCCAGACCGACAAGGGACUCAACGAAUCAUGUAA